AUGCCACUUAGCAAUCUACUUUUCGCUGUAGGCGUAGUUGUUUUCACGAGUCUUGGAUGUCUCCUGUUAGUCUCGUGUCGACAUCGUUCCCGCAUCAAUGGGCUACGCAAAAGCGGCAUACCCAUGCCAGCAGGAUGGAAUUGGAUAACCGGCCACUUACUUAUCCUCGAUCGCACUUUUCGACACCUCCCGCGACUGGCAAAUUUGUCUCUUGUCAUACAAGAACUGUGUCGCGAGUUCGCAGAUACAGAAAUGUUUAUAUUAGAUCUGUGGCCGGCCUUUGCCCCUGCUAUCAUAACUUUCAACCCCGAAUCCGAAUUGUUCAUCUCGCAAAAAUACAACCUUCCGAAACCAAGUACGAGCCUCGAAUCUGUCAAACCAAUUGUAGGAGGGCCUAGCCUGUUAUCGAUGAACGGAAGUGAGUGGAAAAUCUGGCGUUCUCUAUUAAAUCCGGGAUUUAGCACCGCCAGUUUAGUGGAACAUGUACCGUAUAUUGUCGACUGCGUGGAAGUGUUCUGUAGCAAGCUGCUUGAGAAUGCAGGCAAUGGCAUUCUGUCUCUCGAUGACUUUGCUACAAAGUUAACCUUUGAUGUGAUUAUGAAAGUAACUUUAGAUGCAGACAUCAACUACCAGCGAUCAGAACAUAUUCUAGCGACGGCUUUGAGCACGAUUACGAACUGGCACUCAUUUUGGGACCCACGAGUCUUACUCAACCCUGCUCGACCAUUUAUUCAAAUGUACUAUGGCUACAUCAUGAAGAAUUACAUUGGAAAAGAGCUGGAGCAACGCUUCGCAGAUCUCAAGAGACAACAUCUCUCAUCUCCGACAAGCCAGGGAACGAAAAAGGCGAAAUCAAUCAUAGCUCUGGCAUUGGAAGCUUUCGUUGAAGAAACCAAGGGUAAAGAAAUGCUAGAGGGGGCAAAGUUAGACCCAGAAUUUGCAUCAAUGGUCACCUGUCAAACACGGCUAUUUCUUUUGGCCGGCAACGAUACAACCUCAAGUACUAUUGUGUAUAUCUACCAUACUUUAUCGAAACAUCCCGAAGUUCUUUCUCAACUACGCCGAGAGCAUGACUCUAUCUUCGGUUUGGAUAUCUCACAAACAACGACUUUACUCAAAACACAAUCUGCGCUCUUGAAUAACUGUCGUUAUACCCUAGCCGUUAUUAAAGAAACAUUGAGACUAUAUCCUCCAGCAACGAAUAUGCGACAAGGUCUUCCAGGUGUAUCGCUUACAGCGUUGGAUGGUAGAUUGCUGGAUACCGGCGGGUUUCAUAUUAUUAUCAACCACCAAGCCACCCAUACUAACCCUCGCGUUUGGGUCAGAGCAACAGAGUUUCUACCGGAAAGAUGGCUUGUUCAAGCAGAUCACGAACUAUACCCUCCCCAUGGAGCAUAUCGCCCUUUUGAUAUUGGUCCAAGAGCUUGUAUCGGGCAGGCGCUUACGCUUAAUGAGAUGCGGAUUGUUUUGAUCAUGACAGCGAGAAAGUUCAACAUAACACCAGCUUAUGAGGAAUGGGAUGAGAUCCAACACAGAGCAAUAGGGUGGUGGGCAAGAAUUCGGAGCGGUAUUUGGGGAAAGGAUAUCAAUACAGUGAACGGUGAUAGAGCCUACCAGACUGAAAAGGCAGGGACGCAUCCCUCAGAUGGAUAUCCGUGUAGAGUUGAACUUGUGCAAAAAUAA